AUGCCGACGCCAGCGCAACCGAUCCUGCCUUCCUUCAGCAAUGCCGCGCCCAGCGCCACGCCAGACCCGUCAGACACCCUGGAGGCGAUGAAUCAUGACGGCCGUCAUUCUCCUGGCGCGAUAGUCGGGAUCACCAUCUGCGUUCUCGUCUGUCUCGCGUGGAUCGUCAGAUAUUCAUACCUCGCGUCACCGUUCUGGCUCCAUCGCCUGCAGCGCUGUCUUGGAAUCCGACCAUCUUCUCGCACCCCCAUUUCCCACGUUCCGCUUCCGCUUGAUGAGACCGAGACCGAACCUCCCACGCCUUUCAUCACACGACCUGAGCCAGCGUACAUUCCGACAAGUUCAAAAGACACCUUGCCCCUCAAUGAGCCAACCAUCCAGUUCAGCAGGGACGUGCUGGAGGCGCUGUUCAACCUGGGCCCUGCAGCUGGGGCCACACGGCCGCCAUCAUACAGGUCGAAGUUGUCACAGGAAUGGAGAAGUGCCAUGGGGACCAGAGCCAGGAAUAGGGGGGAUGAGGAGUCUGGGAGGGCCUCCGGACGAGGUGCCUGAGGAACGACAGUCAAUCCCAAGCAAACAGGACAAUCAAGGCAAAAGAAAAGGGACGCAGGAUGUACAGGGACUACGGCGGAUAGGGGCUGGACAAUUGUGAUACCAGCUGAAAGGUCGCAGCAGUCAUGAACUGUGCUGCAUCUUGGACACCGCCAUACAGUCAAAAGAGCUGACGUGUGAGGUUGGAUAAUGACACUGCUUUCCCUCUGACGGCUCUGUUGGUAUCGAUGAUAGAUGAGACACGAUGAAAUCGGCCAGUCGCCGUUGGGCUGCAAG